AUGGAAAUCCCCUAUAGAAAAAUAUUAAUUUAUAUACUAACAUUCGCUGCUUAUGCAUAUACUGGUAUAGGAUCUACAAUGUUACGAAAUUUGAAAGAUGCAGUACUAUCCGCAGAAUCAGUUUUUGGAGAUAUGCUAAGAAAUAUUGUAACAGUAGCGGAAAAAUUUCGAUCAUUACACGAGGUAUUUGAUGCAGCAGUUGAAGAGGAAUGUAUAUUUUCCUGCCCCGAGGGCACAAAACCUGUACGUAACCGAAAUCAUAUUCCAAAAUCAGAUGGCUGUGGCUCAUUGGGUUUUGAGAUAUCUUCAGAAUACUUGCCGCUUGAGCAAAUGACAAAAUGCUGUGAUAUACAUGACAUAUGCUAUGAUACUUGUAAUAGUGGCAAAGAAGUGUGUGAUUUGGAAUUUAAGAGGUGCCUUUAUAAUUAUUGUGAAUCUUACAAGUCACUUAAUGUAGCUGGUGACACACUUGUUAAAGGUUGUAAAGGAGCAGCAAAAUUACUCUUUACAGGAACAUUAACAUUGGGAUGUAAAUCUUAUCUGGAUGCACAAAAGCAAGCUUGUUAUUGCCCUCCAGCUAAAAAUAGUAAAUAUAAAAAAUAUACAGGUGAUGGUGAGUUAUAG